AUGUCUACCGCAAACAGUCCCCUCAUCAUGGAAAGCGCGGUUCAUCUAGCCCGCCGCGGUGAUGUCUCUCCCACCAGCCAAGAGCUACUCUACAAUUCACUGGGGUUUGGUAUCCCAGCCUUCAUGUUCUUCUUCCUCCGGAUCUCCAAUCGAGGUUUAGUCAUGCAUAAGAUCCGUGGCGAGGAUUGGUGCAUGAUUCUGGCCAUGUGCUUCUACACCACGCUCCUCAUCUUCAUCAACUACUCCUCCCCUUACGCUACCAACCUGUACCCCGAAGAUCAAGCCGAAGCAAUCUUUGCCGACCCCAAAGAUGUCGCAGACCGUGUUUUCGGCUCCAAGCUCGUCAUCCCCCUCGAGCAAUCCAUGCUAGCAUCAACCUGGCUGGUCAAACUCUGCAUCUGGACAUUCGUCUUGCGAAUCGCUGCGAAGACCAAGUACGAACGCUACAUGUUCUAUCUCCUAACCUAUAUAGUCGUCGGCUACCUAACCAUCCAAGUCUGCUACUAUGCUAUUCUCUGCCGGCCCUUUCAGCAAUACUGGGCCAUGCCGGUCCGAAAUCCGCAAUGUACUACUUAUUCGCAUUACUCCAUUAUCCAGAUGGUAUUUAACAUCAGUUCUGACCUGGCGCUGUUUUACGUCCCACUCGCGAUUGCCGUGGAGGUUAAGCUGCCGUUCAAGAGGAAGGCAUUAGUCGUUAUCCCGUUCUUGAUGGGACUUGCUACGAUCAUGUGCGCGAUUAUGAACAAAUACUACAACUUCGCCUCCCCAAUGACGACAACGUAUCAAACAUGGUACAUCCGCGAAGCCAGCAUAUCCAUCUGGGUCGGAAACAUAAUCUGCACGUGGCAGCUGCUACAAAAGGUCUUCCACCUGCGCACCUUCGACAACAAGCACGCCGACAUCCAAGCCGAAGCGCCGCCCUACUCGCCAUCACCCUCCAUCAGUGGACCUUCAGGGACUCACAACGCAUACGAGACGGUGCAGAACUCAACGUGGAAGAGGAAGUUCCUCAGUAUCCAUAUUGCCGCGGGCAAUUUCAUGGGGCUGAGUAGUAGGAGGGAUGAUGCGUAUGCGGGGCAGAGCACUGAGAUGACGGGGACUGGGACCAGAAGUGCAGAUAUGGUGGGGAUGGAGAAGGAGGGGUUGGAGGGUGUAAGAGGAGAGCGGGGGUUGAAUCGGCAAGUCAUUUCCUUAUCCUAUCGCAUCCCUUCGGCGCUCACUUGCUAA